AUGGCAGAGAAGACCCAGCGAGCUCCGUGGGGAGCGGGCUCGGCGCUGCCGCUCACCUGCGCUCAGGUGCGGCGCUGCCGGCCCGGGCGGGGCGGGGCGCGGAGCCGCGAACGCUCCGUGUGCCCGCCCCACUGCGCGGAUGGCCGGGACGAGGCGGAGCGGUGCCUGGGCCCCGCGGGGCGGCUGGCGGCCGCCGUGUGCCUGGGCGCCGUGGGCAGCCUGGGCUUCUGCAGCAACCUGCUGGUGCUGCUGCUCUUCUGGCGCUUCCCGGCGCUGCGCUCCCCCAUCAACCUGCUGCUGCUCAACAUCGCGCUCAGCGACCUGCUGGGCUGCGCCCUGGGCACGCCGCUCGGGCUGGCCGCGGGGGCCGCCGCCGCUCCGGGGGCCGCCUGCGCCUGGCACGGCUUCGCCACCGCCCUCUGCGGCAUCAUCUCUCUCAUCUCCCUGGCUGUGCUCUCAUAUGAGCGCUGCUGCACCAUGACGAGGACAGCAGAGCCUGACACCACCAACUACAGGAAAGCAUGGACAGCCAUCAUCCUGUCCUGGACAUACUCCCUGCUCUGGACUGUUCCUCCUCUUCUUGGCUGGAGCAGCUAUGGGCCAGAAGGAGCAGGGAUAACCUGCUCUGUGAACUGGCAUUCCAAGGAUGCCAACAACACCUCCUACAUCAUCUGUCUUUUCAUCUUUUGCCUCGUAAUCCCAUUUGCCAUCAUUGUCUAUUCCUAUGGGAAGCUGUUCUGUGCUGUCAGACAGGUGAGCAGCAUGGCCCGGGGGGGCCGGCGCCGCGAGCAGCGCAUCCUGCGGAUGGUGCUGCUGAUGGUGCUGUGCUUCCUGCUCUGCUGGCUGCCCUACGCUGCCGUGGCACUGCUGGCCACCUUUGGGCAGCCCGGGCUCGUCACCCCUGCCGCCAGCAUCAUCCCAGCCAUCCUUGCCAAGAGCAGCGCUGUCUACAACCCCAUCAUCUACGUGUUUCUGAACAAACAGUUUUACAGGUGCUUUGUGGCUCUCCUGAGGUGCAGCAAAUCCCCCCAGAGCUCCUUGCCCAGGCUGAAAAAGCAACAACAAAACCCAGAUUCUGAAGAGCUUCUGCCAAAGCCCAGCCAAGCCCAAAAGAGAGAUCCAGAGCGUGGUGCUGUAGGAGGGCUCCAGGAAACAAGCUGCAUGUGAGCAGAGGAGGCAAAAGGCUCUCCAUCAGGGAAUGGUCAGCCUGCACAUGGUCCCUCUCUCCCUGUCUUGGAUUGUGCUCCUCCAAAAAGUCUCAUGUUGCUUUUCGACACAAACCUGAACAGACCAUGAUGAACUCAGCAGUUACAGGGUAAAGCUCUACUAAAAUUUAAAGGGCACGUAUUGGUUAUGUUUCAAACUUUAGAAACUGCAGCUGAAGUUUAGGAAAAUAUAUGUUUUAGGGACUUUUUAACUGUCAGCUUACAAAGUUAGUGUAUUGUAUUUAAGGGGUGCCCCGAUGAAGGAAGGACUGAUGACUCUGACUCCAUGUUCUCAGAAGGCUAAUUUAUUAUUCUAUUAUCCGAUAUUAUAUUAAAGAAUACAAUACUAUACUAAAGAA